UCUACGUUGUCUCAAAUUGUCUCUUCUCAACAGCACAAAACACGCGCAUGAGGCAAGAGCUCGAGGUUCAAGCUGAGUACUUAGGAUUUUGUGUCUGUGACAAGAUUUCACAGAUCGUUGUUGAUAUCUCUGGAUGAUGGCGCGCUCAGAAGCUGUAAGUUCAGUAGGAGAUAAUAUGUCGGUAGAUAAUGGAUCAAGGAAGCCUCGGAUUCUACUCGCUGCUAGUGGGAGUGUGGCUGCUGUCAAAUUUGCAAAUCUUUGUCAUUGUUUUUCUGAGUGGGCAGAAGUAAGAGCAGUUGCAACGACUGCGUCACUGCAUUUUAUUGACAGAGAAGCAAUUCCUAAGGAUAUAGUUUUAUAUACCGACGAGAAUGAAUGGUCAAGUUGGACGAAACUAGGAGAUAGUGUGCUUCACAUUGAGCUUCGCAAAUGGGCUGAUAUCAUGGUCAUCGCUCCAUUAUCAGCAAACACUCUUGGCAAGAUUGCCGGAGGGUUGUGUGACAAUCUACUGACAUGUAUUGUUCGAGCGUGGGACUACAGUAAGCCAUUCUUUGUUGCACCAGCCAUGAACACUUUCAUGUGGAACAAUCCUUUCACGGAACGACAUCUCAUCGCCAUUGAUGAGCUCGGUAUAUCUCUCAUCCCCCCAGUUACAAAGCGGUUAGCUUGUGGUGAUUAUGGCAAUGGUGCAAUGGCUGAACCAGCUACCAUUUACUCUACUGUGAGGCUCUUUUACGAGUCAAAGGCUCAGCAAGGACCCAAAAUGGCAACUCGUGGACAGGGUCGAGGACGGAGAGAAAAUGAGGAACCCGCUUCGUCUCAUAAUCAAGCUGAAUUCUUGGCGGCGAUGACCAACAUUGUCAACACAAUGCAAGCUAGUGCGGCGAUUAUAAAUCAAGCCAUGGAAAGAAUGAAUGGAAAUGAUAACGGAUCUGGAGAAAACUCAGCUGAAGGAGGUCCGAUGACAUUAGCAACCUUUCUGGAGGUUAAUCCCCCUGUAUUUAGAGGAUCAACUAACCUGAUGGAAGCUGACAACUGGUUUAUAGCAAUAGAGAGAGCACUACAAGUGCAACAUGUACCUGAGGGUCAAUUGGUGGAGCUUGCUGCUUAUCAGCUAGCUGGAAAAGCGCAACAAUGGUGGCAAGGAACUUACCAUCUUCUGCAACAAGGAAAUGGGAAUAAUGCGAUCACUUGGGAGGUUUUCAGAGAGGAAUUCUACAACAAGUAUUUUCCGAAUUCCGUGAGACAAGCUAAGGAGUUGGAGCUGCUUCAAUUGAGGCAAGGAUCUAUGACUGUGGCUGCUUAUAUAAGCAAAUUCGAGGAAUUGUGUUGUUUCUCAAGAGUUUGUCAAGGACCUCUGGGUGCUCCUGAAGAAUUUGAGGAGUGGAAGUGUAUGAAGUACCAGGAUGGUUUAAGGGACGAUAUCAUGCGAGUUGUGGCGCCUUUUGAGUUUAAGAGCUUUGUAGAGUUAGUGAAUAAGAGUCGUGUGGUGGAGGAUUGCUCUAAGAAGAAUGCGACUACUAGUACUGACCGUCAUGGUUACCACGACCGAGGAGGAGGUGCAAGAUCCUUUGCUCCAAGGGGUUGGGACUUCAAGAGAGGAGAAUAUGUUCAACAAUCUCAACGUGAUCGAGCUACUUUCCAAGGGAACAACAACAACCAUCAAAGGAGAUAUGGGCGACAACCUCAGAAUGAUUUGACUUGCAUGAGGUAUGGAAGUUAUCACUCGAACUCUCCAUAUAGAGCUGAAUUGGGACUUUGUUGUAGUUGUGGAGGAGCUGGUCACAUGUCUUAGAACUGUCUGGAAAAAGCCAACCGGAAUGCUGGGAGAGCGCAACAAGGUCGUGUAUAUGCUAUAACGACGGAUGAUGCUGCCAAGUCGGAUACUUUGAUCAGAGGUAAAUGUGAAAUUGGUGGUAAAGUGUUAACUGCAUUAUAUGUUGCGGGCGUUGGCCUCUGUCCAACACCCAUGCCUACGCAAACAUGGGCUGCGUACACGACUUUGGCACAAAAACACUCAUGCGUACGCGACGCAAGUCAUGCGUACGUGAGCAAGUCACCCUACCCAAACGUUCUGCGUACGCAAACAUGUGCAUGCGUACGCGACCAGCCUUGUUUUUCCGAAAAGUGAAUUUUUAGGCUCUCAACCAUUCCUCGAACAUUUUAAAUCCUUAUAAACUCCGAAAAGAGUCUAGAGCCUAUGUAAUUAAGGAUAGAGGAGUUAGAAACGAGAAUUAAAGAGAUGAGUUGAUGAAUUGGAAAGAGAGGAACAAAGUGUGAAGUGAUGUAUGAAGAGGAUGAAUGUGAUAAUUGAUUAUGAUGAUGAAUGAGAUUAAUUAAGAUUGAGUAUGAAUUAAGAAGAGAUUGAAGAGGAGAUUGUUAAUGAGAUUGAUAAUGAAAUUAGUGUUAAACAUGAUUCUGAUUGUGAUAUACUUGUCUGUGUAGAUGCAGUGGUAUUAAUUCACUUGCUCCGGAUUUGGUUUGAGCAUCCCGAAGUAGAUGCAAUGGUUUGCCUCCAAGUUGUGACCGGGCAUUUAAACUCCCUGGAUCCCCCAAUGAAAUGAAAUUGAUUGAAUGAUAAAUGAUUAUAUAUAAGCAUAAAUUCUUGGGGAUGCGCACUUAGGGACUUUCUAGGGUUCGCUACUAGACAUGUCAGGUUGGCUUGAUAACCGACAGAUGAAACUCAUCGGUUAUAGGGCAGACAUACAUCAUUUGUGUAUUUUUUAUUUGUUUGGGUUUGUCUAAUUGUAUUAGUUUGCCUAAUUGAAUAUAUUAUAUGAUUAUAUACUAUUUGCUUUACUUUAACUUGCUUGUGUAUUCCUUCU